AUGAGCGCACAGGAACCCCUCAAGGAAAUCCCGGGUAAGUGUCCAACGCCAGGCAACCUCGGCCACGCAGGAUGGGAUGUUCUGCACACCGCCGCCGCCGUGUACCCGUACAGGCCCUCUCCUCUCCAGCAGGAGGCGUUUGCCGCCUUCUUGCAUAGUUGGUCACACGUGUACGCUUGCAGUCACUGCGGUUAUCACAUGCGGCGCUACUUGAAGCGCAACCCACCGGUGGUCACAGAUAAGUUGGCCCUCAAUCGGUACCUUUGUGAGUUCCACAACACCGUCAACAAAAGUGUGAAGAAGCCGAUGUACGACUGCGACCCCAUGACGGUCCUCCGACGCUGGCACCCGACGUUUCCUAACAUGGAGGAUCAGCCGACGAUAGAGGAGCAGAUUGCGGAGCAGCAGCGACUGGAACAGGCAGAGGCGCAGAAACAGCAGGAGGAGGAGUUGCAACAGAGGCAGACUCGCACCUCGGCUCUUGCGGAUGCUGCAACAUCACAGGAGCGUCUGGUGGGUCGCUGGCGCUCUGAGAACUGGAAAAGUGGCAACGCCGCAAGUGACAGCCACCAAAACACGGCGGGAGCUUUUGCAGCGGGGUGGGGUGCUUCGUCGCGUCGAGAGGAAAAGGUGCAGGAGGCUGUGCCGGCCCCAUUGACGGAGAGCCGAAGAAGAAAGUGGUGGCCCUUUGGAAAUAACGGUGGUGGUGGGGGUGGGCGAGUCGGCAAUGAAAGCCCCUCCUUCACACACCCGGCGCCCAGCAGCGUGGCAAGCGGCAGCAUUGGCAGCCCUAGUGGUGGAAGUGGCGGCAACGUGGACGACGAUGAGGCCAAUGUGAUGGCUGUCUUGAGGCGACUAAAAGCCUGUAUGGUGUACUGCCCGGACAAGGACAAGGACAAGGGCGAGUAA